AUGUCUUUAAAAUCAAGUUUUCGGGGAGUUAAUCAGUUUGCUGUGUCCCUGGCUGAGCUUGCCACAUCGAGUCCGUGGUAUCCGUCUGGGCCACCACCAAAUCAUCUCAAAUCAUCACAUGAUGAGAAAGAAGCUUUGAAGAAGGUCCUUCCCCUCGUCACAUUCGACUGCAGGAGGAAAACCGGAUACUUUCCAGAUGCCAAAUUUAGCUGUGAAGUGUUUCACUACUGCAAGCCAGAUGGCACCAGAAACACUUUCCACUGUCCCCCGCAUUCCCUCUUCAACCAAUUGACGAUGGUCUGCGAAGAGAAGACAGUCCACAAUGUAAGACUUUGCAGAGAGGGCUCCAUCAACCAACAGAAGUCUUCGAAGACAGAUGUGCCACGAAAGAAAGGGGUAGAUAACAAACCGAGUGAUUCCCUGAAGACAAGUCCUAGUCCAAUCUUUAAAACACCAUUCACUCCAAUUGUACCUGGAGAAUCCAUCAAAUCUAUUAUGACUCUUGAAGAGUUGCUAAGUUACAUGAACGGUGGACAUGGCCGUGAUAAAGAGCCGAUGUUCAUUUCGUCUUUCCAAAAAGCAGGGUCAAAUCAAGCAAAGUAUGGUGGUAAGUUGGCAGUAAGUAAUCAGGAAAAACGAAUUACCAAGCCAAAACCGAUAGAAACUACAACUAAGCUUGCUGACAUUAAACCGACAGAAAGUACUAGUACUUCUCCUCUGGUCAGUCUCAUUAGUACUUCUCCGACAGAAACGUCAAAAUCUGAGGAUUACGAAGAAGUAUCAGCAGAGUAUGAUGCCAUUGAAGGACGCAAACCUAGGAAACACAAGCGGGUGGGAAAAGUGUUUGACGUCAAAAAAGAACAUCUACCACAGAAAGUUCACUCUCAUGUGUCUAUUCGAUCAGCCUCUAACGGUCCUUCAGAAGAGGAAGUGACACCUACCGAGGGUUCACAGAAUGUCACCUCUCCGAGGCUCUUCUCUGCAGAUCGCAGCAGAGCCAAGGAAUUCCGGAAAAGGAGGAAGAAUUCGAACAGGCGAAGAAGGAUUCAGGUCGAGAGUCAGAACGCCACUGAAACAACCACUGAUGGACUUCUGAUGACCAGUCCCAUACCACAAACUGCCCGACAAGACAGUACCGACAAUAGCUCCCAAAGCAUAAUGGCCGAAGAAUGGCAGGGGUUUACGAAGCCUGAGAAAGUGGAGCCUUACACCCUCCCACCUCUUCCGAUGCCAGACGAACUUCUUCAACCAACUACCAGGAGCAGAAACGGAAAUGAAGAGCCAAGGAAUCCGUGGCAAAAAACAACUCAACCCACAGCUGAAGAUCUAUCGACAGUCAAAUUUGGUGAAAAACUUUCUGAAAACGACAAUCAUCGUUACCAACCUAGCCCCGAGCAAAUGAAAGGUCAAGCCGGACCAGUUGAAAAUUUUGAAAUAAAGGAAAUUCCACGAGCUUCUGACAUAAGUUUUGCGGAUAGUCUCGAAGAAACUGCUUCGGGUCAUACCAAGUCUCCAAAGUCAGAUGAAAAAGAAAUUCACAAAAAAUCACGAAAAAAUAAGAAAUACCAAGAGACCCAUCAACCCACAUCGAAUUUAGAGCCUGUGUUCGAUGACAAGUCCCAUCACACCACCGCACCACAAGAUCUUUUCCCUCCUCCUCCAGUAGCUCAAUCAAGGGAGCAACAAGUCAUAUACUCACAACAGAUCCUGGAUCAGAAAGACACAACUGCGGAAACGCUGGAAACAAGACCUGAGACAACUAAAUCACCAAAUGAAGAUGCUUUCCGAGUCACAAAGCCGUACGUUGGUAAAUACCAAACAAGCGUGAAAGAGCUUGCCGACAUCGAAGAACAGAGAUGGAAAAUCAGUUCUGGAAAUAAAGCACAGAGCAAGAAAGUUGAGGUUGGAUCAACAUUCAACAUGAAUACCGAUAUUCCUGAGACAACUACUAACACUGAAUUUCAAGUGCCACCGACAACAGAGACACCAGCUACUAAUAGUGUAUACGAUACUAAGGAGUGGCAAAAGCACACAAUGGCACAUCAACACCUGUCCAAGUUAAUGAACGACUUUUUCGCCAUGUCUGCUUCAAAUGCACCCGGAAGAAUUCAGUUAGAUUCCAAGAACAGUGGAGAACAAGCAUUCAUCCCGAAUUAUAGAAUUCCAGAUGAGGAUCUUUAUGUAGGAGCAGAAUCUGUUAGAGAUGAACUAGAAGAUUUACCUCCAGAACUUCUUGAAGUCGUUGAUUUACUAACAGGCCGAGGAGAAGAUGAUGAUCUUAAACCACAAGGCAGUCAUGAAAUUAUAAAAAUCAAUGGACCAAUAACCGAUGCUCACUUGAGAAAAAUAUUUGCUGAAGAAAAGUUUGAUGUGGAAAAGCCCCAGAAAAAAUCAGAAAAUAGAAUUUUUAAGAAAAUUGUUGUAGUCCCGGAGGAAGAUAAAGACGAUAUAAGGGAUAUUGAUGAUAUAUCGGAUUUUGCUUCAUUAAGACUUGAACCGCUGUUGAAAAAAGUAAUUUCGAAAGAAAAGUCGAUCUCUGUCGUACCCUUCAAAAAGGAAAAUUUCAGAGCUCAGUCACCUACAGUUUUAAGUGCAAAAAAGGUUCCGGUUCGUGUGCUUUAUAGAGAGCAUGUGAGUGAAUCGAGACAUCAAAAAGUUCCAUACAAACCAGAUGUUAAAAUAGUAAGAUCACAAUUACCAUCUCCGAGUUUACAAGUCAUUCACAAUGGAAGGUUAGCACAGAGUCGUCAGAUGAAGUAUCCAAUGCAACAGCUACAACAACCUACAGUUGUCUUGCAUCCACCUUCAAUAUAUCCUCCACAUCCUCCCCCACUUAGGAAACGCUUCCCUGUACCACCCUACCCCUUCGGAGGUAUCAGAGCCACACCACACAGAACAAGAUAUGUUCCUAGACGAAGAAAGCGCUCCAUAAUGAGUAGAUUACGUAGGCAGAUCAGACACAAUCAUCAGCAUUUCCUACCAUAUUCAAGUCCAGUAUUUCCUGCGUAUAAUCCUAAAUUUGUGCCAACAUUUUCACCUUUCAAAAACAUUCUUAGUAGAAACGUAAUGCAUGCAUCGGGUACCCAUUUAGCACCCUUUAGAUAUCCUGGAUUUCAAAUACCGAAGCCUUCAUAUAAUAGGCCCCACAUCUUCCCCCAAGCCCACCCAAGACCAGCUCCUGUACAGCAUGUUACUCGAAACGGACAUCAAACAGUCAUUGUAGAGGAGGUACCUGUUCCAAUCCCUGUCGAGGUACCAGCACCUAGCAUGAUGCGCCCUUCGCUAACCGGACCGCAGCAACCAAAACCUCUGAACGCAUAUCCUCCUAUUCCUUUUAGGUCCCCAUCAUCUCCAGCUAUUCAGACACCACCCCUAAUUCAAAGACCGCAAAACCGAUUUCCGUAUCAAAAUAAUUACCGCCACUUCGGCAUGCCAUCGAAUAUAAGACAACCAACAUUGAGUUAUCAACACCCGGGGCCUUUCGUACCGCCAUUACCACAAAGUUUCACGAGUCAAGGUCAAGUCUAUGCACUCGGAGUGACAUCUAAACCGUUUGCACCAGUUAAACAAGUGCCUCCUCGACCACCAAGUAACAUACCGAGGAAAUUCCCUAGACCUUAUGAAAGCAUGGAUGGACUUAUUGAUAGCUAUCCCAACUUCCCGUACUUUCAAGGAGCUUCGACAACACCAAUAUCAAAUGAACCUGCUGUUGGUAGAUUGAUGUAUAGUGGAUACAAACCUCCAAAAUCUACUUUAGGCACCAAACCACCUAAAACCAGCUUACAUACAAAAAAAGAGCGAAAAGAGUCAUCUACAGAAGCGAAAAAUGCUUCUCGGUCAAAAACAAAACCAAGUUAUUAUUCGUACCACGAAACUCAAGCAACUCCAGUGCGAGAGCAUCGAAACAACUAUGACGAAAGCAAGCACAGAGGAAAUACCAUUUCAAAACCUAACAGUGAAAAUACAUCAAAAGACACUUCUGAAUUUAAAGCACCAACUCAAAAUCUGAGCACCAGCUUUUCAACAUCAUCGGAAGAAGGUGUGCCCCGAAAGCGAAGACCUGUAAGAAGACGAAAACCGAAACCUCAAAGUUCUACAACUGCAGGAACAAAUACCCUAAAUGAUAUAUCCCCUACACCACCUCCACCAGAACAAAUACCACCACCUCCAGCAGUUUACACCACUAAACCCGCCCAAUACGAAACUCCUGAACCUCCGCUGAGUUUUAGAGAAAACAAUAAGCCCCCCGAGACAAGUAGUAUCCUCUAUCCCCCUGCAGGUUAUUACGGUAAAGAUCAAUUAGGGCAGUUUUUCGAUUCAUCAGCAAAAAGUUACAAGAAAACCUCAACUCCAAAACCAUAUCAGCAAAAAUAUCUAGGAGAAAGUGUGGCAAGUGAUGAGCUCAAAGACUCAGUUGAAAGUUUUUCUGCUGAAUAUGGAGAUGAACCUGCUUUUGGUACAAGAUUGAAAUCAAAACCACGUACUCAGGCUAGAAGCAAAUCUUUAAAAGCAAGACAACCAAAUCCUUCUCAAACACAAAAACAAGAAGUUCGGACCAAUCCUAACAGUAAACUAGGCUCCAAUCAGGAACAAAUGAAAAAGCAACAGUACCCAGCUGAAAGGAAUAACGAUGCCAGUUUGAAUGAAAAAAGUAGAGAAACGAAAAAUAUGAUGCCGCCUCAAAGGCGUAGAAGACCACUUCCUCCAAGACCAAGAGUUCGUCCAGCAAACAUUCCAAUUUCUCAGCCUGAUCCCGGUGCACAUCACUUUAACUACCAAGAAACUCCAGGUGGCUUUUAUGCAGUGCCUAAGGGGUUACAAAAUUUCGUCGCACCUGGUCAAAGGGGGCCAUCUUCUUUCUCGGGUAGCACAGAUAUGUUUGGCAUUCCUCAUCCUGUCAUAGAUCAGAGCAUUUACUCAUUAAGGCCGCAUGAAACUCCGAUUGAUUUUAACCCGAAUUUCUUUUCAGUUCCUAAACACGUUGCUCAGCAGCAACAAUCGCCGCUGCAUAAUAUGAACAUCAAACCGAUACCGGAAUCAGCAAGAGGAUUUUUUACAGCUCCAGAUCCUUCAAAAUUUCAAAAAAAGAAAUCUGAAGAGAAGGAAACUCAAGAGAGAAAUCCCUCGGUCGAAUCAGCGAAUGAAAAUAACGAACAACAAAACUCUGCCACGAGAAAACUUCGAAAACCAAAAAGAAAAAACAGAUACAACCCGAGAGUUAAUGAGAACAAAGAGAAUAAAGAAAACAACCACUACAAGCAAUCCGAGGAGGGAAAUGUUGGGGAAACGACACCUUCAAACUAUAGAGACAGGACAACAACAUCAAGUACCACUUUUGAACCAAGAACAACAACAUUCACUGCCAGUUCCCCGAAUGACAUAAAAGAAUCAUCAGCUGUCUUCAAACAACGGCCACCACUCCUUCCAAAAUCACUGCCAGAAAUUUCAAAAUCUCUCCUGGAUGGCAAAAUAGACUUUCAAAAGCUAAAUGCCUCGAUAUCUACCUCAGUUUCGGUUUCAGGAGCUCUGCCUUCCCCCAAUAAUUCAGAAGAAAAUAAAAAAGUAUUUUCUUCCCAAAAUGGAGGUUUGGCUGUAAUUAAGAAAGGUCCAAAAAGAAAAAGAAUACGACAAAGAAUGACCACAACAACGGGUGUUCCUUUUCUCAAUGACAACGAAUCGAGUACUAACGCAAAAUAUGAAAUAGCUGCUAGUGUUUUAGAUAUCAUUAAAGCAACUACAGAAACAGAGAGACAGGCUUCUGGUUUUUAUUCUAACAAUUACGCCGACGAAAUCCCAUCUGCAUCUAAAGUGUCAAGCUCUUAG